AUGCGACCAUCUAUGCUGCCCAAGUUGAUCGUCGCGCAAACGCCUACAGCCACAACGAUCGGCGAAAUGGCCGACUCACCUUACUCGGCCCUCUCAAUGCACUCUCGCAACUCGUCUGGCACAUCCGACAACUACUCGCCGCUAACACAAACGUUCUCAUUCCACGAGCACACACGCCAUCCAAGCUCUAGCUCAUCGUCGUUGGCCACUACUCCUCCGAAAUACGAACCUAGCAUCGAAUCACUCAACAACCGGAUAUCAAGAACAACUCUGCAUGAUCUCGUCGAAGACCCUCAUGAGAGGGAGGAUGCUUUCGACCUCUGUGACGAUGUUUUCGACGUCAACUGCCAGUGUGGUCUGGAGCAGACUCACUCGAAUUCCGACCCAUACUACCUGAGCGAAGCCGAAAUGGAUCCCCGUCUCUGCCAAUCUGCAUCGGCCUUGGAACGCCCUAGUCUGGACUACUCACUCGCAGAUGGUCCAAGUGAAUUCAGCAGUGACAACGAGGCCCCUUUGAAAUUGCCCAAAAUCAGGUCCAGGCAGAACUCUGGCGACUCGCCCGUUACUGGUCUGGCGUCUCGUGUGGGCAGCCGAUUGUCAUCUUUUUCAAAACGUCGUGACAGAACGCCCACCUCUCCACCGACUACGGCUGUACACCGCCUUGGUACUAAGAGUGCUCCUGUGUCUCGUGUGCCGUCACGUGCCCCUUCUUUCCGCAUGCCGUCCGCUGCAAAGCCUGUCCUCACUCCUGUAGACGUUGAGGCCGAGCCGACUCCAACUCCGACGCCUACCAACCUCACCGUCGAGCCUUCCAAUCCUUUGGAUAUCCACAUACCCCGAGAGGACGAGCCGUUCGACCGCAAGGCCUUGGCAUCCACUCCUCUUCUUCCCAUUCCGAUCCAGGACCCUGAACAAAUCGAAGAGGAUGUCAUCCAGUCACCCCUCCAGUCUCCGACUGUCGUCGACAACACUCAACUUGCUCGCUUGUCCAUGAUUGGACCGUCAUUGUCAAGCCCGGUCCUUCCUGAGAUGGCAUUGGUCUCACCGGCCCUGUCGGCACAUGCUUCCACUAGCUCGCUUGGUAACAUGCACUCCAACCAAGUCAUGUCUUCACCAGACAUCUCAUCCAUGCACAUUGUCAGUCCUCAGGACAAGUGGGCAAGCAAACUUGGACAUGCCAACUUCAGUGUGUUCCCUGAACCCUACCUACCAGAGUUGUAUAACAUUCAUGCCUGCAGAAAGCUUUUCGAAGAUUGGGAAUCUGCUCGUAGACAGUUCAUGCAUCAAGCAGCGCGUACUAGCGAGCACUAUGGACCCACUUCGCAAGUGUACAAGUACACUGAAAAGAAGUGGGCAGAGAUCGAUGCACAAUGGAAGAGAAACCACGAGCUGGUGGUUGCAAAAACAGCUGCGAACGGCGAAACACCUGUCUUCCAGCCUCUCGCCGAGCCAGCUCCUCUCACCGAUCUGCCUGCUUUGGACGACCCUCUCAAAUUCCCAAAACUCGAUGGUUCUGACAUUGUCGGACCUAUGGUCAAGUACGCAAAGAUCAAGCAAAAGUCUUCUUCAAAGAAGUCUGCAUUCCUCAAGUUUUUCAACAACGUACGAACACCAGGCAACACCCUCGGGCGCACACCUACAGGCCUCGGCCUGUGA